ACAGCAAGUGGAACACUGGCUCGUGGAUUCACUGGGUUUUCCAGUUCAAUUUUAAACUCCAAGUAAAUAUCAUAGAUAACCUGUCAUGAAGUUGGUCACUGUAUUCCUGCUGGUGACCAUCAGCAUUUGCAGUUACUCUGCUACUGCCUUCCUCAUCAACAGUGUGCCAAAUCCUGUCGGCAAUGUCUUACCUUCACCUCUGGAAGUUCUCGCCAUCCUGGAUCCAUUAAAGCUUCUUCUGAAAACUCUGGGCAUUUCUGUUGAGCACCUUGUGGCAGGGCUCAAGAAAUGUGUGGAUGAGCUGGGCCCAGAGGCUUCUGAGGCUGUGAAGAAACUGCUGGAGGCCUUAUCACAUUUGGUGUGACGGCAGGAUAAAGCAGGAGUGAAAGUGGAAGGAGGAUGAUGGCCUCCUCCUCCUUGGCUGAAACUCCUUCCAUCCUAAAAUGCAGUGACCCCUGAAAAGAAUGAAUAAAGCAAUG